CAAAACGCAUUAUAGACAGCCUGCCAUCAGCGGCAGCGGUACGGAAAUGUAUCUUGCGAAGUGAAUUUGUUAUUUACUUUCAAUUUAUAUUGAUUGAGCUCAAAAUGGGGACAGAAGUAGCAUUAUCGUUUACGGCACUUCGUGCUCAGUUAGAAUCGGAACGGAGCAGCUUGUACAAAAUAGAUGCAAACAUCAAAAAGAUAGUGCAAACGACGGGUCGAUUUUCUAACGAUAGGUUUAAUAACUCAUCUAAUGACUACUUAAAAGGUGGACCACGUUUAGGAGGCCGAAAUUCAUUCCCUGACGCUAGACAAAAUGACGAUUCUUUUGGAAAGAGAAAACAAGAGACCAAAACAGUUUUUAGCAGAUUAUCAGCGCGCACAGCAGGCAGUGACGAUGAAGAGUCCGGCGGCAAGCGUCCACGUGUCAUCUCCCAAGUGUCCCGCGAGCUGCCGACGCGCGCGGCCGUGCUGCGCGCGCAGGGCGGCGACGAGCAGGCGCGCACGCGCAACCGACGGAUCUUUGGCUCGCUGCUCGGGACGCUGCAGAAGUUUAAACAGGAGGAGAUUGUGCUGCAAACUCAGGAAGAUAAAAAGGCACAAGUGGAAAGAAAGAUAGAAGAGCAAGCUCGGGUACAGAAAGAAAAGGAACAGAAGGAAAGAAAGACCCUCUUUGCCGAGAGAGAACACAAAAAAGCCACAAUCAAAGCUCUCGAAGCCAAGAUGGCGCGAGUGCAAGAGUUUGAGAAAUGGGAGGCGUCACAGAAGAGCCUGGGUAACUUUAUACUGACUCGUGCCAAGCCGCACGUGUACUGGAUACCAAAGAAGAUGACCGACAAGGCCACAGAGAAGCUGAACUCCAGUAGAAAGUAUCAUGAAAAGUGCAUGGUAAAGAAACGCUUGGAACUGCAAGAGGAGCUGCAACGGAUAGAGCAGCGCUGCCUGCGCGCGCGCGGGCCCCAGGCCAAGGAGAACGAGCCCGCCCCGGGGGGAGGGGGGCAGGAGGCGGGGGGAGGGGGGCAGGAGGCGGGGGGAGGGGGGCAGGAGGCGAGGGGCGGGGGCGCGGGCGGCGAGCAGCGCCGGGACAAGUUCGCCCCCGACGCCGAGCACAAGGAUAAGGAGGACAGCGACGGGGACGGGGACGGGGAGGACCACCAUGAGCAUAUUGAGGAGCAGAAUGAAGAGAGGCAGGGCAACGGAGAUGCGGAGGUGAAAGACGAGCCAGUGACAGACGAAACUAAACUGGACAAGACCACAGAGCAGAACGCAACAAUGGAAGCUGAAGAGAAACGAGACGAUUCCCAUAUGUCCGUGGACACCAGUGACCUAUUUUUACGGCCAAGUGUGGAGGGCCCGCCGGAGCCCACGGAAGAGUCCUGAAUACUAGAUGAUAGCAUGUUUACAGUAUAUGCAGAGGGUUAGAAUUCUAAGGCCUUGGCCUUUCAUUGACGCCGUACUGUUAAUGUUAACUGAACAUUCGUUAAUCCUAUUGCAUAAGACAUAAGGUCCACCAAUGGUUAGUUUCGAGAGCUGAUGUUUGUGUCGGCAUUUGCAAUGACAAAGUGUGCCAAUGUCAUUUUUAAUGUAAAAAUUCUAUGAAAAUAUGCCGUUUAUAAUGACACUACCUCAUGUUCUGUUCAAAUUGGUGCAAAGUUAGUUUAGACCGAUUCUAGUAUAUCUGGAAAACAGAAAAACUUCUAUAAACAUUGUAUGGAUUGUAUGGUGUCAACCGGAUACCAAAGCCUAAAAGCAAAGGAAAUAUUAUGCUGUUAAAUUAUCAGUUUAUAUUAGAUCAGUCAUUCCAUUCCAUCCCUAAAACAAAACAAACCGUGUUUUUGUUUCAACCGCUUGAAGUUUUUCCUUGCGGACAAGUGUUUUCUCAACUUGCCGCUGGCAGUGUGAAAAGCUUUUUUCAAAAAGGACUAAAAUUUGAAGCUCUUCAGAAAGGCACAGGUUUUGAAAGUUGGUUAAUAGGCCGAAAACGAGCAUUUUAGGAGUUGCAAGCGUACGCAGGCUACGGUAGCUGCUUACCAUCAGGCUGGUUAUAAUAUCAAUGCUUCUCUUCUAAUAUCAAUGUGGUACAAACAACAUUCUCGCGCGUCUAGCCUGAGGGUCUACAGAGAAUGUAGAAAUUUCAUUAUUUGCCUAUUCACUUCACUUGCAUAUUCGAGCGAUAGAGAGGUAGAUAACGAAACUUCGAUGUUCUGUUUUCGCGAUAGACCCUCUGAUACAUUUUUCACGGCAUUAUAUUUUCUUUGACUUGUUCUGCCCUCUACUGGUAUAAGUGUGAAACUUACUAGUGUAUUAUAAAUUGAAAUGUUUACAUUCAGCAUCACUGUGAUUAGAAUUGGGAUGUGUUAUGAAGUGAAUAAACUGCUGACUUUA